CGUCAGUCUCUUGCUUGUGCGUGAGCGUCCAAUGAUGCUCAUUGUCGAGAAAACAUUCCUUGCCUCUGGUGGUAAUAUUGUUUAUGCUGUUCUGUGCGAAACGUCUCCGAACUGGCAAAACAAUAUCGUUAAAAAAAGGCCAGAAAAAUGUGGGCAGUAAGACAUUGGCUCUUGUUUACUGCUGCCCUCUUGACCGUCCAAGCCUCAGAUGGGUACAGGGUACUCUUCAUGGGGAUCCUGGGAACGAGAAGUCACACGAACUUCUACAUGGGCAUCAUCAAGGACCUGGCAGAUAACGGACAUCACGUAACGUUCGUGACUUCAUAUUCUUACAAAGAAUCGCGGACGAACGAGAACAUCAGGGAAGUGCUUCUUCCAGUAUCGGACUCCUUUCACGAUAACCUGAACCGAUUCAAGAUGUCGACCAUCGCCCUAAUGUUCAAGAUGCGGGAUUUCACGCCGCUGUGCAUAAAUGCUUUGCGAAAGAGCGAAGUCCAGGCAUUAUUACGAGAGGACUUCGACGUCGUUUUGCUGUCUCCCUUCAACGACUGCCUCCUUUCAAUUGUCUACCAACUGCAGGCACCUUUCAUCUACGUCUACCCGAUUGGCAUGACACCUUACCUGAGUGGCGUCGUCGGCAAUCCAGACUUCCCAUCGUUCGUGACUACGCUCCUCUUCGACCAUACGCAUCCACUCUCAUUUGGGCAACGGACGCUGAACGUAUUGGGAGAACUCGGGAUGUCCUUUAUCAUGACGCUCAUAUUUCGUGAUAAAAUGGAAGAGGGCCUCCGCAGCAGUGGAUUAUGUCCGGACGGUAUGCCUCCUUUUGCCGAAAUUCAGAGGAAUGUCUCGCUGGUCUAUAUGAACAGCGUGCGAGAACUGGAGACUCCAGUGCGCCCUUACGUUCCAGCUGUCGUCCAUUUAGGGGGGAUCCACUGCCGACCUGCGGAACCCCUUCCUAAGGAUCUCGACAACUGGGCAGAGGAAUCUGGGGAGGACGGAUUCAUUUUCUUCAGUCUUGGAACAGCCAUCAAGUCAGCUGACCUCCCAGAGAGUCACCGACAGGUGCUGAUCAAAACUUUCGGAUCGCUGAGGCAGAGAGUGCUGUGGAAAUGGGACGACGAGUCCAUGCCUGGAAUGCCACCAAAUGUGCGAGUGGCAAAAUGGCUGCCACAGCAGGAUAUUCUCGGUCACCCCAAACUUCGCCUCUUCAUAACCCAUGGAGGUCUGCUGAGCACUCUGGAAUCAGUGUACCACGGGAGACCCUUGUUGGGUAUUCCUAUCAUAGCCGACCAAAAGACCAACAUGAGGGAAGUGGAGCGCCAGGGCUGGGGGAAGACGCUCCUGUGGGAGGAUCAUAGCGAUGGCAGACUCCUGGAAGAGAUCCUGUCUGUCAUGAAUAACAAGACAAUGCAUGAAAUAGCACGGCAGAGAUCUAGUAUAAUGAGAGACCAGCCGAGGACUCCGAAGGAAAUGGCUUUGUUCUGGACAGAGUACGUUGUCCGCCACAGGGGAGCCACACACCUCUGGAGCCCAAUUGCUGAGAUGCCAUGGUACAAAGUCUAUAACUUAGAUGUCUGGCUGUCGAUGGUGACAGCGUUCGCGCUGAUGACGUGGCUCAUCUUCAGAACACUUGGUGCAGUUACAUGGUUCCUCUUCCGAAAAGUGAAAGCUAAACAAGAUUAGGCCCAAGUCAAGAGAACGCGGUCUCAGCGGCACACUGUUAUGUAAAUGCGUUAGCAGAGACAUUCAUAGAAUCAUAGACAUACUGCAAAAUAAUUGUCAUCUCAACACUAUUAAAACACCAAAAGAUA